ACAAUCUAUUUACUUUGCUACUUUGUACCACGCUUUGACUAUUACUAUUUUAAACUUAAUUAAUUUAAUUAUUAGUUUUACAACAGCACGACACCAACAUGUCAGGCAUUUCCGAAGAAUAUUUAAGUGCAGUUUUACACAAGAUCGCGGAUGCGAACCUCAUCACUGAUUGGAGUUACAAUCAAUUAAAGUUUGCAAGUAUCGCGCAAAACUACUUCGGAAUCUUAAUACCUGUUGUUUUGUCGGGCACACGAAAUGGAAAAGAAGUUAAAUUUGAACUAGUUUUGAAAUUGGCUCCGAUCAAUGAGCAGUAUCGUGUCAGUGGUGCGGUAACUGUUAUGUUCGCUAGAGAAGUCUUCGUGUACUCCGUUGUACUUAAAAAGUACCAAGAAAUGCAAGAACACUUGUCUUUUGAUGCUCAAUAUGUCAUACCAAGGUGUUAUUACGUUCAGAAAGACUAUUGCAAGGAGGUUAUAGCCUUACAAGACAUGUGUGGAGACGGCUACAAGCCAUACACUCAUGAAAUGUUCCUAGAUUUGGACCAUACACUGGUUUCCUUGAAAUCCCUAGCAAAAUUACAUGCAUUCUCUUUUAUACUUCAAAACCAAAAUCCACAGCUAUAUGAAGAAAUAUCAAAGACCUGUGUUCCAUUAACAGAGCAUACAAACAAAAGAUACAUGGAUAUAAUGAGAGACAGAUUAGAUAAAGCUUUGAAAAAGUUUGAAGGCACCACAUAUACACCUCUCUUGCACAAGUUGAGACAGAAUUGUGCUGAGCUGUUUAACGCUGCAGUAAAUUCAGUUCAAAGAACAUGUAUUUGUCACGGGGAUAUAUGGAAAGAAAAUAUUCUUUAUAAAUAUGAGGACGAUAAACCGGUAUCAGCCUGUGUGAUAGACUACCAAACCACUAGGAUAUGUAGUCCAGCGUUUGACACAAUGUACCUCAUUAUAAGCAGUACAAAUACUGAACUAAGAAACCAACACUUCCACCAGUUACUGGAUAGAUACCGCAGUACAUUUGAUGAGACUUUAAAAUCAUUUGACUUGGAGUCCGAGAAGGUAUAUUCUCGGCAAAUGUUUGAGAAAGAUUUGAAGGUUGUUUCACCAGCCUGUCUGGUGACUGCGAACACAGCAUUAUGGUUGUCCAAUGGAUUGCAAGAAGAAGGUCAUGUGAGAAGUAAAGUGGUUUGGAAUACUGGUGAUGAGAAGCAAAAGGCUGUAGAUAGGUACAAAGGGAUUGUUAAAGCUAUGAUUGAUGAUCUUACUAGUUAUAGCUAUCUUGAUCUUAGUGAGAUUUUGUGAUAAAUAGUAAAUAUAUAGAAAUCUGAAUUGUAAUGUGGGGGCGUUAUGUUAAUAGCAACAAGCAGCUUUUAUAGUUGGAACGAAAAUGCAUAUCAAUAGUCAAUAUUAAUUUGCAAUUUUUAAAGGCUAUAACUUCUGGCAUAAUAAAAUAGGAAUCUGUUGAAUCUAAUUCUUAAUUAAAUUAAGUUAAAAUUAUAUAAUUAUUAAAAACUAGUUAUCUAAGAAAUGAAUAUUAGUGCCAAAUGUUAUCAAUUAAAAUAAGAGAACAAACAAGUAUGUCAUAAAGAUAAGACUUUUUGUUCUCACAAAAUAAUAAACAUUGUUAUGUUGAAGAAAUCUCAUCAUGAAUAGGUGUAAGUUUAAAUAUAUUCUAAGUAACCUGUCUUAGUUGUUUUUCUAUGACUAGGUAUUGGUAUAUUAUUGCCAUUUAAAUGUCUGUUGAUGUUAACUAAAUUGCCAAUAUUCUCACAAAACAUUGAUUAACGCAGAUGAUAAAGACAAAGAUAAAUUUCGCCAAAAAUAAAAUAUAUCUUCUGGUUCCAUACAAACAAAACCUCUUUGUAAGGUAAAACCAUAGAGCCUGCACUGGUCUUUACCAAAGAUUUAUACCUCCUCAACAUUUAUUAGCAGUUAAUUGUUAUGUACAUACAAAUGAAGUUCUAAUUUUAUACCAAGCCAUAUUGUUGAAUACUUUUACACAGAAGUAAAUAAAUAUUUUGUUUACAA